AUGAUCAUCCGUGCAGUUAGUGACAGCGACAGCGACGACGAGCUUUAUAGCGCUCCUGCAGGCGCUUCUGCCACUCCCCGCUCCGUCUUUGAUGCUCCAGAUCUUGCUACUGUCUCCAGAACAUCCGCCGGUGUACGCUAUGCGUGGUUUGCAGCCUGUGGAGCUGCCGUUUUGCUGCUGUUUAUCGAUGUCGCAGCUUUUUUGAACCCAUCACAGGACGCCUCCAUCCUGAACCAAUUCGUAGGCUUGGGGCUUGCAGGUGCUUGGAUUUUCUCAAGAGAACAAAAUUUAGCUGCAGCUGGUCAUAGCAAUACGGUGCAAUGGCGUGGCAGUGCUCGAUAUGGAGUGUGGACCGUCACAGCGCUUUUGUGUUUGGGCCAUGUGGUUUCGUGUCUGUAUGUGCUGUUUGCAUUGCUGGAGAGCAACGGGGACCACGUCAAGUUUUGGCUCGGACAGAGACGGUCGAAAUCGAAGCACCUUGCGGCGCAUUAUGGGCGACCGUAA